UAUGCAGAUUAACGAAUGAUUACAAGUAGUUAUCAGGAAUAAUCAAUAAAUUUAUUAUCGAACUUUUUUCGUUUAUUGUCUCGACUGCACUACCGUAAAAUUCAUAUUUACAGCUACUAGAUUGCGACAGUAUAAAAUAUUCUUAACAUUUACGCUACGGGGAGCCACUUAACCUCUUCGGUACGAACACGGUACAAGUUUCGACUAUAGUCGACAUCUCUGCAUAUUCAUGGACGAGCAUCGACGUGGCGUCGAUUAAAGUUAACAAUAACAAUAACAAUAUGCACACGUUCAUUGCUCGUAGUCGUCAAGUAAUAUUUAUUACUUAUUAGUGAGACUAUCACGGGCUCUGCUCGGACCAGCGUCAUAUCGGAGAGGUAAACAACGUAUAUGGUCAUUAAAUAUAUUAAGGGCGAAUUCAUAUGACAAUCAAGUUCAUCCGCCAGCGUUACAGGAGUAUUUCGUUUUAGUAGAAAUACACGCAAAUAAAAUUUCCUCUCUGGUUCUAGUAACGUUACAAUAUACUGUAAAAAAUGCUGGAAAUAACAUGUAAUGAUCGUCUUGGUAAAAAAGUUAGGGUUAAAUGCAAUCCAGAUGAUACAAUAGGGGAUUUAAAAAAAUUAAUAGCAGCCCAAACUGGAACUCAUUGGGAAAAAAUAGUUUUAAAAAAGUGGUAUACUAUAUUUAAGGAUCACAUAAAAUUACAAGAUUAUGAAAUUCACGAUGGCAUGAAUUUAGAACUGUAUUAUCAAUAAUUAAUAAUUAAUAUUAUAUAAGUUAAUGUUAUGUAUAUAUAUGAUAACAGUAAUAGUAAAUUUUAUAUUUAAGCA